UCCGGUAGAAUAAUUUUAGUUCAGUAGAGAACUUUGUGCGGUCAACAUCGAACGCUAGAAUCACAGAAUCGGUGGUCACGCGUUUACUCUUUGGCUGCAUUCCAUCACUUCCUCUUUACAAAACUCACUCGUGUCACUAAGUCUAUUCUUUUCCCCUCUCGGUGUGUUCUUUGUCUGUACCAAAAAACCAAAAGAAAAGUGAAAAUCUGUCAAUCAGAAGCGUGAAAACAGUUUUUUGUCAAUGAGUGCAUCUAUGUUCUACUCCCAUUUGUGAUUGUCAGCAUUGUUCUCCGAAAGUGUUAUAUCUGCCAGUUUGUUUUUUUUUAAGUGGAUUAAAUGACAAUUACUCCUCCUGUUUCUGAAGGUAAAAGUGUCAUCAAUAUUUAUACGAAAAGCAAUUCUGACCUCGGUGCUAUCUAUUUAGAAUGCAGUAGAAAUCGCGGCAACAGCUGUGACACGCAGAAUCCACCCGCGUACAAAUCGGCGAUGUUUUAAAUGCAAAGACAGGCAGUAGUUUGCCUUCCGUCGUCGUCGUUGCCAGUGGAUCAUCCUCUUCAGCACCGGUGGAAGCCCGGUCGGGUGAAAAACAAACCAGGCCAAGUUCGAACCAUCGCCGGGUGCCGGUCGACUAGUGUUUCGUGAUACAUAUAUAAGUUAGUGAUACAUCAAUUGAAACCAAUUACUAGCGAAGUGUGAGCGCGAAGCAAAGUGAGUAUCAGUCUGUCUGUCGGUCGGUUGGUCGGUCGGUAUAAAACCAAUCAACGCACAGCACAGUGAAAUAGCAAAACGUAACAUAAAUAGCUAGACUCGUACAGUUUAGUGUUGGUGCUAAAUCAGCCGGUCGGAUCAAUUGGAAUCAAACGCAUUGUUAGGCGAAUCAAAGGCGGUUACUGAUGGGUAGCCGAAGCGACCGCAAACCAGCAACGCCGGUGCCACGCUUCUUAUUCUAGAUGAAAGGACCCAGCAGGACCAAAUGUCGCAUCGUUAGGCGCUUGUUUUUAUUUUUCGCCACCCUCUCAAUCAUCCCGUUCACGGUGCUCUAUCUGGUCACCUCGGAACAUCUGGUUCGGUUCAGGGCAUACAAUUACGGUGCAGGCACCAAUGGCUCCCGACAUCCACUUCAGUUUCAUGCAGUGCAUCAUCCAGCGUCACAGGGCCAUCGUAGCCACAAUGGCUACCAUGCAGAGCACAAUAAUCUCCAGGCACAACACGCAGACCAACAACAGCACCAUAGAACUAUUAAGAACGGCACCGGCAACCAGUAUAUGAUAGACUUGGAGUUCAUGAAGCACCGGAUGGAGAACCGAGUGGCACGUUUGAAAGAAAAGUGCAGUGACUAUAGAUUAAAUGAACCGAAACAGAACUACAAACCCAAAGCAUGGGAAUAUCUCAUCAAUCGCGAGUACCAUCUGGUAUGGUGCAACGUAUUCAAGGCCGCCUCCACCUCUUGGAUGUACAACUUCAACUUGUUGGCGGGCUAUACGCCUCAGUUCCUUAGAAAGACCAAAGAUGUUCCACUGCAGCUAGCACGUCAAAAGUAUCCUAGGCCCUCGGUGGACACGCUCCGCGAGGCCAUUAACGGCUCGAUCUCAUUCGUUAUCGUGCGGCAUCCGUUCGAAAGACUGGUUAGCGCUUACAAAGAUAAGAUCCAAUACGCACUGCCGAACUCGCACCAUCACAAGCUCGGCAUACGAAUUAUUCAAAAAUACAGGAAGGUCAUUAAGGGUCAGCCCUGGAACACGCAAAAGUAUCCCACAUUCCCCGAGUUCGUCAAUUACCUGCUGGACGAGGUUCGACACCCGCACGCCGAGAUCGAUAUGCACUGGAUCCCGGUGACGUACUUCUGUACACCCUGUUUCUUCCACUACGAUGUGAUAGCCAAGUUCGAGACGCUGGAGGAGGACCAAUCCUACCUGAUCUCGGUGGCCCAGUUAGGAAAGAUUAUCAAACCCCAGUGGAAAAAUGCCGGCAAGGGAGCGCACACCAACGAAGUGGUGCUGAAACUUUUCUCCGAGCUGGACGAGGAACAGCUGCGGGGAUUGUACGAAUACUACAAGUACGACUUUGAGCUGUUCGGUUACAGCGUGGAGGAGUACUUUACCAGUAGAGUGGCACACUGAAAAAAAAACAAUUUUACGAUUCGUCAAAUUAUUACUGUUUAUAGUGAGACCAAUUAGAAGCGCGCAAAAUAAGCAGCUGUUUUAAGCAUACUUAUCACUUUAUAGGCAUCGAAUGCUAAAGUAUAAAAGUUUGGUUUGAGUAAAAAAAAACAAGACGACAGACGGGAUGAAAAUCGUAUUUUUAUAUUGCAAAAGACAUACAUUUUAGACGUCCAGUAGAGUGUAGGAUUAGGCUAUUGGCGAAAGUUUCUCUUUGAUAGUAUUAGACAAUAGGCAAUAAGGCAUUGUCAAAGGACGAGAGCAGAUUUUUGUUUGCUCUAGAACACAGAGAGUAAUAGAAAAAAUACGUUUAAAGACAAAAUUAUUAAUUUGGAGAAUUUUCUUGAGAAAGAGAAUUGAUGAAAUACCUACAAUCUCUUCCAAUUUAGAAGUUCGAAAGGUGACACUCUUUUAAAGGAGGAAUACUAAGAUGGCUAACGGGGUAAUAUGAGCACUCGUCAAGUAAGCAUCCAAAAUGAUACAUUAAGGCGACAACCUCAAGCUUUAAAUCGAUUUCACCUAAGUUUCAUGACGAUGUGCACUCAGUGCACUGCGCGGCCUCAAUAUGAUUAGGAGCAGCUCCUGAUCAUUUCAUUUCAGAUAAACUCUCACGUGGCACUAUGAAACUGUUUUCUAAGAAAAACAAAAAUUUAAGCUGUCUUCACAUUAAUAUUCUGAACUAGGAGAGCUUUUACGGUAUGACAUUUGUUAUAUCUGGGGAAAAAAUCAGAUCUCACAUCCACUCAUCGAGUCAACGGAAUCUGUAGAAUAUAAUUGGCGAGUCGAACUCAAAAAAAAAAACGA